UCUGGUUUCAUCUAGGCAAUGUGCUCCUACAUGCAGCCGCGAGCAGUUUGUUUGCAAGAACUUGUUUGAGAGUGGCGGAUAUGAGGCCGCAAUUUGCGGCACUUGCUGGCCUCCUUUUUGCUGUCCACCCAGUACAUACCGAAGCGGUCACUGGAAUUGUUGGAAGAGCAGAUGUUUUGGCUUGUAUAUUCUUCCUACUUUCUCUCCUGGCAUAUCAUGGGCAACCGAAAUGUCACAUAUGGAUAAGCAUCAUUGUAGGAGCCUUGAGUAUGUUUGCCAAAGAAACAGGUGUUACAGUUUUAUUGCUGAACCUUGCGUAUGACUUUUACCUGCACUGGUCCAGCAUACGAUGGUGA